AUGACUCAAUCGCAACCAAUGGAACCCCAUGCCUCAUACCUGUCUCCCCGUCCCAGGAAGAAUGCAAUCCAACCAACCCUCCAUCCACCACCUGCAAAAGCGGAGCGCCCGAAUGACCCCAAUAAGUCCAGGCGUCAUGCUUUAGUGUUCCAAUUUCUGAAUUAUCGCACAGAUCUGCACCAGGAAUUGUACCCACGCAACGCACCCCGGGAUACUACUAUAAGAUUAUAUUCGGUUUUAACGGGCAAUUGCGGACUCCAUAUCCUCGCUUCCGGGCUGACCGAUGCAUAUGAUCGGAGUUUUUACUGUGGAUUUACCAGGACAAAGCGUGACAAACGGGAACGAAGCUCCCGUUGCAACACUCUCGUCAAGAUAUGCGCCUGCAGCAUCAGACUCCGCAGCGACGAUCUUCAGAAGAGCAAGGUCCCAAACGCGGCACUCGGCCAGAACAGCCUGCCCGUCGUAAAAGAGCAGCCAGCGUGCUCUGGAAGAAGUACUGUAGUCUUCAUACGUGUCGCCGAAACAAUGGGCACACGUAAUCACCCAGCCUGCCGGGUCUAUACAGACUGCGCUUCCCGCAAAAAGGAUUUGUUAUUUCUCCAGUAA